GCCUCUCACUGGUCACAUGAGACUCUAAGGCUGUAGCCUGUCCUAUCGACAGUUUGGAACAACUUUGGAAAACUGAGAUUUAUUACCAUGUAAACACCUAUUUUUCACCAAAUGAAACUAUGUAGAGGACUUAAUUUCGGACAGUAUGCAGAAAUCACAUUUGGGAGUAGCUGGGACGGUUUUCGAGUCCAGCGGUUGAAGAAAAGCGAUCAUCAGACGAAGUUUCUGUAGGGGAAAAAAGUUGAGUGCAACUCGUCUGUCUGAGGUUUGUGGGACGGGCCGUCUGGCUGGCUGGAUGCGUGUUUUCAGCGCCGAGGAGUUUGGAAAUUCACGAAGGAAACUAACAUAACUAUUUAAUUUGAUGGUGCAGGAUAAUAAUGUUUUGCCAGUUUAUUAAAUAACGAAUUACACAAAACACUAUAAGAACUUUCAAAAUUAAAAUCCACAAAAACAAAUUAAACUACAAAGAAUAUCCGUUCUUUGUAGUCAGUUUAGGGGUCGUCUUCCAUUUAACUCUGAGCCAUUUCUCGUUUUGGAAUCAUUCGUUAUCAUUCAUAAUUAACUGUUCAGUUGUUUUAAUUGGACGCAUCACCUCUGGAAGGCAACAUGGACGCGCGACAGGGUCAGUGCGCGCCCCCAGUGGGGCAGCAGAUCGUGCACGUCCGCGGGGACUCCCAGACGGAUCUGGAGGCUCUGUUUAACUCCGUGAUGAACCCUAAAACCUCCGCCCUGCCCCCCUCCUCUCUGCCUAUGAGGAUGAGGAAACUUCCAGACUCCUUCUUCAGACAGCCGGAUCCCCGAUCACACUCCAGACAGGCCAGUUCAGAUGGGACCAUCGUUGGGUCUCUGACACCUCAUCAUGUGCGUGCCCACUCCUCUCCCGCCUCGCUCCCCAUCAAUGCCCUUUCUGCCCCAGCAACCAGUGCCAUGGCAACACAGCCGCUCCCUGACGACGUGCCCCUCCCUCCGGGCUGGGAGAUGACCAAGACUCCCUCAGGACAGUGCUACUUCCUCAAUCACCUGGACCAGACGACCACAUGGCAUGACCCCCGUCUCUCCCAUCUCCAGACCAACGCAGCGGCCCACCUGCUCUCUGCUCCCCCGCCACACACACACACCCUCGCACACCCUGCACCCAACACACACACACAGAGUAACACCAGCUCCAACACAGGCCCCCUCCCAGAGGGUUGGGAACAGGCAGUGACUCCUGAAGGAGAGGUCUACUACAUCAACCACAUCACCAAGACCACCUCCUGGUUAGACCCACACCUAGUCCAGAGUGCUGUAGCCCAGGUGAAGCCCUCAACCCUGACCUCUGAUCCGGUUGGCAUUGCGACAGUGGUAACCAAGCGCAGGCAGCAGCUGCAGGUGGAGAAGGACAGGCUGAGGCGUAAACAACAGGACCUGGCCCGUCCAAUCAGAGUACAGUGUAACCCGUGUCAGGAUGUGGCGGUGAGGAGUGGACUGGAGCAUGAUGGGAAAAUGAGGAACAACCAUGUAGACCCCGCCCUCAACGGGGCCCACUCCCGUAACCAGAGUACUGACAGUGGUCUGAGUGUCAGCAGCUUCACACGGACACCUGAUGACCUGCUGAACACUGUGGAACUCAUGGAUACAGGUGACUCUGGAGCAGGCCAGCCAAUGGCAUUCCUGGAGGCAGGCCCAGGGGUGUGCAUGGCUACCGAUGGGGAGGAGCUAAUGCCCAGCAUCCAGGAAGCCCUGAGCUCAGACCUCCUGAGUGACAUGGAUACUGUUCUCUGGUUAUAGACACACACUAUAGAUACACACACACACAUACACACUAUAGUCACACACACUCACACAAUAUAGACACACACACUAUAGCCAUAGACACACACACACACACACACUGUGGACACACACACGCACACUAUAGACACACCUACCUGGCUAUAGACUCUACACGACAGUAGUACAUAAUGAACUGACUUGAUGGGUUAUAGACUACACAACAGGGAACGAGACUCAGACUCUGCCCCUCCACUUCCUCUCCUGGCUGUUACCUAUCUUCCUUGAACUUAGCUGGCCACUGAUUGGCUGGUUUCCCAGGAUGUAACCCAGUAGACACUGUGGCCCUUGACGACAGGAGAUAGAGCGAUACAUGAUGUGACACUGUGGCCCUUGACGACUGGAGAUAGGGAGAUACAUUAUGUGGUACUGAAGAAUGUGGCUAGUGUUUUCUUCCUCGAUCUCUCCCUCUCCUCCCCUCUCCUCUUUAUCCCUCUCUCCUUCCCCCUCUCCUCUCCCUCCUCAUUUCUCCCUCCCUCCCUCCCUUUCACAGGAGAGAGAAUCUUCAGUUUGCCUUUCAUCCCUGUAUACCUCACACCUGCCUUUCCCUUCCCAUAAGUAUGUAUCUUUGUUAGUUAUGCCUACAUAUAUCAACAAACAAUCUUCUUGUGGUACAAUUUCUCAACGUGUUGUUUAACUUGCAGGCUGCUAAAUUGUGAGGCAUGAGAGAUUAACAGAAUAUUCCUCCACAUCAGCAGUUGUAAUAUAAUUUACCAGUUAUAACGUACAUCCAGAGCCUUCAUAAAGUAUUCACACCCCUUGACUUAUUCCACAUUUUGUUGUGUUGCCAUGUGGGAAUAAAAUGCAUUUAAUUGUCAACGAUCUACACAACAUACUCAGUAAUGUCAAAGUGGAAGAUUUUGACAUUAGGUACAUUUGAAGUUGGAAGUUUACAUACCCUUAGGUUGGAGUC